CUCUCUCUCUUAAGUCCUGAGUUCUUGGGAUUUGCAUGAGAAACUUGCUUUAUACCUUUCAGCUUUGGCCUUAGCUUGCUUUAACUUUUACUGCUGCUUUUACAGUACAAACAUAUUCCCCCCAGCACAUUAUGACCACCUUACACUUCAUACCAUAAGCUCCAUUCUCUCUAAUUUCACAUUCCCCUUUUCACCUUGAUAAACAUUUGGGGUUUCAAAUUCUUUGUAUUUAUUCAUUCUUUUCAGUAAGAAAACUAUUUACUCUUUCUGUUGUCAAUGUUAUAAUGAGUAUUUUAAGAGCUCCAAAAAAUUCUUGGCAACCAGUUAUGACUGCUAAUACAACCAUUCCUAGUUACUGGCUUAAUUGGAGGUUUUUGCUUUGUUCCAUUUGGGUUUUAGCAUCAAUGGUGUUUGCAGCCAUCCUUGUAUUUAAGUAUGAAGGUCCGAAAAAUGAAAGCAGUGAAGAAGUAGAGAAAGAGUCCCCUGGUCUUUUGUAUCAAGAUGAAGUUUGGAGGCCAUGUCUUAAAACUAUACAUCCUGUUUGGCUUCUUGCAUUCAGAGUCUUUGCCUUCAUUAUUCUUCUUUUAUUGCUAAUCCUUAAUGUUAUUGUUGAUGGAGGGGACAUUUUUUACUAUUACACACAGUGGACAUUCACAUUGAUUACUAUUUAUUUUGCGCUUGGAUCUAUUCUCUCAAUGUAUGGAUGUUAUCAUCAUCACAAUAAAGUUGGUAUUGAUGGAACUAAUAAUGAGAGGUUAGAUGCUGAGUAUGGUUCACAAGGAUUGGCAGAAAGCUCAAUCAGUUCAAAUGCUGUAAAACAUACGGGGGAAAUUGCAGAACAGCCUUAUCAUCGAAAAACUGCUGACUUUUGGGGUUAUGUUUUUCAAAUAAUUUUCCAGAUGAAUGCAGGGGCUGUAACGCUUACGGAUUGCGUCUUCUGGUUCAUACUUGUUCCAUAUCUGACCAUUAAAGGCUACAAGUUGAAUUUUUGGAUUAUAAAUAUGCAUUCAGUCAAUGUUAUAUUUCUACUUAGUGACACUGCUCUGAAUUGCUUGCGGUUCCCUUGGUUUCGGAUUGGAUACUUCUUUUUAUGGACAACAGUUUAUGUUAUUUUCCAGUGGGCUGUUCAUGCAUGCAUCUCAAUCUGGUGGCCCUAUCCAUUCCUUGAUCUAUCAUCUGCAUUAGCACCUUUGUGGUAUUUGUUGGUGGCAUUUAUGCACAUACCAUGCUAUGGUAUUUUUGUUUUGGUUAUAAAUCUGAAACACCAUUUGUUCUCCAAGUGGUUUCCUCAGUCUUAUCAGUGUGCGAGAUGAUACAACAACAAUCACGCCUUAAAUCCCAACCAAGUUGGGGUCGGCUAUAUGAACUCCUCAUUGUCCAUGACCAAACAAGGAAUUUUCAUUCAAGACGGCUAUACUAGGGGGAAAAAGAGAAUACGACAUCAUCUCGUGUUUUGAACAUUAAACUUGGAUAUUUGAUCCUUUUUCUGGAAUGAACAAAGAAAAAAAAACAAAAUUUUUAUGUAGCAAAGUAGCUGUGAAUCCUUAGAAGUUAAAGAAGAAAAAAUAGGGAUUUAAACUUCUGGUUUGCUAGAUGUACAUCUUGGGUAGCUACGGAAACAGAGAUUUGUUGUUAUAAGUUAUUGUUGAGCUCUUUCUAGCAAUAUGUGCAGAUGAUUGAAAAUAUAUACAAUAUGAAUUCUAAAGAAGGUCGAGCAUUA